AUGAGUGCCGAUCUGUUUGCCGAGUUUAAUACCUUCUCUUCGAAGCCUCAAAGCCAACAAUCUCAGCAGACAGGUCAACCGCAUCCUGUUACCCAGCAACAACAAAAGGCGGAUCCGUUCGACUUCUUCACGUCAAGCAAUGCGUCUGCUCAAGUGAACCAGCCUGUCCAGGCAUGGCCUCAGAGCCAGAACCAGAGCCAGCGCCAGAGCCAAACUGACAGCUUUGGUGGUUGGGGUGACUUCUCUUCGCUCUCAGCUUCACAAGUCAGUCAGCAGCAACCGCGACCGCCAGUUCCAGCGACCGCAGCAGAAGGCGACGAUGACGAUGGAUGGGGAGAUUUCGAGGUCGCUGAAGCGCCUCCAGAGCCUUCAAGAACCCUGGCUCUUGAGCCACCCAUCGCCGCACCAUUGCCUCCAGCCAACAUCUCAGCACCGCCAACACGAACACGGGUCCACCGCGCUUCAACCUUGGAUCUCAUGACCAACAGUUUGGUACCUGUGGAAGGGCAGAGUGACCCACGCCAGCCUUCUCCCUCUCUUCUCAAAAGUGCCGUUGUUCAGGCUUCCAAACCCAAGCAGCCGAAGCCCAAGGACCCAAACGUUUUAUUCGAUGCGGAAGACUCCGAUGUGGAAGUGGAUGACGAUGAUGACUUUGGAGAGUUUGAAGUGGGCGAGACCAUGUUUGCGCAGUCAUCACAACAGCCAAGCAAGCCAUGGCAGCAUCAACCAAAGUCACCGCCAUGGCACAAUCAUCCAAAGUCGCCCCCUUGGCACAAUCAGCCGAAAUCGCCGCCAUGGCACAACGCGCCCCAGCCGCGAGAGCAACAGUCACAGGUCGCGUCAUUAGCAUCACUUGAUCUUUUGUCGCUGGAGGACCCCCCUGCCACUCAACCGAAGAGACAUGUCUCCCACUUGUCGUCACUCAGCGUCGCUUCAUCUACUUCUACUUAUCCACAGGCACCCAAGUCACCUUCUUUCUCCGACCGAAACCCUUUCCCUGGCUUGGCUCUGAAGACUCCCACGUCACCCAACUUUCCGAAGGAGCCAGCCAACAACCCUGAAAGCCCAACUCCUGUGACGGCGUGGCCAGCCCUUCGGCCGAACAUCUCCAAAGAAGGAGAGCCUCCCGAGAGCUGGGAUUGGGAUGCUGUCGAUGGAGUCGAAACGUCGUCUUCUAAGCCCGCUGUCAAGCCUAUGGCCAACACAGCGCGCAAGGUUCAGAACGCAAACACCAGUGGUAGUGAUGCUACUCCUCCCACGAACAUACCACCACCUUCAGUGCUGCUCUCCAUAUUCCCUGAGCUUCUUGCCCUCGCCAACACGAGCCUGUUCAAGCCAGCCGCCUCUCAGCCAACGUCUAUCAAGGACCGCAUCGCCUCCGAUCCAGGCACAAUUGCCUUUCUCCAGGGGUACCUUGCCCUGCCGGGGUCGCUGCACGGAUUAUCGCAGGUCGCAAAUUGCGCUGGCAUCGUGACAAGUUUCUUGCCCAAGGAAUGGCCAUUUUCUAGCGCCGGCGCAAAGGGCAUGAGGCUCGCCGGCGUAGAUCGUGCGCAGACGGCUCGCGAAGACCGCGAGGCCGCUGACGUUGUUGAUGUGUGGAAAGAGCACGUCGGUCGGCUACGGUCUGCAGUUGCGGCAGCCAAGUCAGCACCGGGUGGACAGCAAUUGAGAGUACCAGACUUGGCAGAGAACAUGGCUGUGACCACGGCCAAAGUCGUUCCGACGGCUCCUAAGGCUUGUCUAGUAUGUGGAUUGAAGCGUGACGAGAGGGUGGGCAAGGUAGACUUCGACGUCGAAGAUAGCUUUGGUGAGUGGUGGGUUGACCACUGGGGACACCGGGCAUGCAAGAACUUUUGGACUGAGCAUGAGAAACAACUUCGCCAACGAUGA